AUGAGCACGUUUCAACUGAAUCGGUCUCGUAUCGCCGGCAGCAAGUCGUCCAAGGACAAGAGCUUCUCAUCCAAGGGCAAGAUUGAGAAGUACAACCAGGAUGGCACAGAGACGAUUAUUGUGAUGGGUCGUCCCUUUCGUGUGGUGCAAAAGAUUGGUGGUGGGGACAAGCAUACUACGAGCUACAAGGACUUCGGCCGCAAGAACUUGAAGGAUACUCACUCCUACGUCGUCUUGGUGGAGAACGUGGAGAACCUGUCAGAGUUCCCGCGGCACUUUGUGUUGAAACGGUCCUUCUUCAACGUGGACGAGGUAUUGCUGGCGCACCGCGAGCUGGAGGUUCUGGGGCGGGUGAAGGACAAAGGCAUUGUGAAGGUGUUCCACACGGAGAUCACCCGCAGUGAUGGGAAGCUGGGCGUCACCGUUGCAAUGGAGUACUGCAGCAGCGACUUAUACCGCCGGCUUUGCACAGACACACGGGUGCCUGAGGGAGAGAUUGUGCAGGUCCUUUUGGCCGUCACCAGCGUCGUGGGAUACCUGCACUCGCGGCAACCACCUAUUGCACAUCGUAACAUUACCCCGGAGAAUAUUUUGAUUCACUCCGGCUCCAUUGGGGCCGCGUCCUACCGUCUAUGCAACUUUAGAAGCGUCAUGACAGAGGCGUAUCAUUGCGCCAACCGUGAGGAGGUGGUGAUGGCGGUGGAGGAUAUUGAGCGAAACACGUCGGGUGGGUUUCGCGCGCCCGAGAUGGCAGACCCAGGCAGCGGCAAACGCAUUGAUGAACGCGUGGACCUUUGGUCCAUCGGGGUGCUGCUAUACUAUAUGAUGUAUCUGCGCCUGCCCUUUGGGGAGACAAAUAUGGGGCUGACAGGCCGCCUCAAGCUACGAUUCCCUGCAGGGACGGAGAUGUGGUAUACCGGCUCUCUCCGCGUGGUUCUAACGCACCUGCUGGAGCCGGAUCCAGAGAAGCGGUGGGAUAUAUUUGCCCUCACCAACUUCCUGCGCUUUGACGAGGACAUCAGUAAACACAUUGGCACAUUCUUCUUCACUGUGACGGAGUGGCCUGACGGGUGGGAGCAGCAGGACAUCAAAGUGGUGAAUCGCGUGGCACCACCCAAAGCACCGCCUGUGCGAGUACAUGGUGGCCCCCCGCCUACCGCUAACGUCGCCAGUGCUGCAGAUACAGGCAUGACAGAUCGAACGCAAACUGACGAGGAACUGGAGCUAGGCUCCCCGAUGGGCGAUGAAGGAGAGUUUGAGUUGGACCCGGAAGCGCUCGCGGCACUAGGUAUAGACGUUGACAGCGCAGACCCUGAGAUGCGGAGGUACUGUAAAACGCUCAUCCAAGAGCAAAAGGAGGUCUGGAGAGCGGCGAAGGUCGCCAAAGCAAAGAAGGUCAGGGGUAGCCAACCACAAGAGACGCGUGAGGAGGGUUACAAAGGACAGGGGGCAGAGCAGCCUCAACAGCAAAAGGAGGAACCACCAAAGGAGGAUAAACAGAAUUUUUUUGAGGACUUGUUCGCCCCGGCUCCUGCACCUCAGCCCACAUCCUACAGUUUCCCUGCCGCGGCUUCUCAGCCAACAACGUCGCCAGACGUUGUGCAUGAUGAAAAGAAUUGGCAGGAUACACUUUUCCACAGCGCACCGGCGUCGCAGCAGCUCCCCCAGCAGCAGCAGCAGCAGCAGCUACCGCCACAGACACGAAAUUCAUUUGGCGUGAUGGACAUUGGCUGGGGAUCUGGGGUACCGACAACGGCACCGGUUGCGGGGUACGGUGUUGCGGACGUGUACACUGGACCUCAGCUGGUAACAGCGGCACCGUUGGCAAUGCCGCAGCAACCGCAUCAACAAUACCCGUCCCAGCAGUUCUCUUCUCCGUGGGAAGGCAACGCGUCCUCUGGGCCUCAAGCACCGCCGAUUCAGCAGCAGCAGCAGCAGCCUGUUGUUCAGCAGGCCACAAUGGACGUUACAAAGGGAGGUUUUCCACCACGUCCCUCGUUUGAGCCGAAUCCAGCGAAAAAGAAGGAUCCCUUUGAGGAUCUCUUCUCUUAG